UGCUACAAAGAAACCAGAAAGACAAAUGAACACGGAGGCAGAAAGAGAGAGCCCCAAUAGCAAUGGGUCGUCUUCGUUCGAGGUAACCCACUUUUCAAUUCGACAGAGAAACGACGACACGGGUUCCACAGCAACAACCUGGGAACAGAUUGAAACUUCGGAAAGCUACCUGGUUAGCUCCAUGUACGAGGAGGCAGCCUUAUUAGCUUCUUCUAUUCUCAAACAGCUUUCGGAACACAGUGAAGACUUUGAAGACAGAGAUGACCUGUUGGAGUCCGCUGGUAUGGUGCUUGUGCAAUCUUUGAAACAACUCGGAAGGACACCAGGGAUUCUGAAUGAGCUCAAACUGGUAUUUGCUUCCAUUCCUGCCAUCCCUGUUCAAGUUCUUCUUACUGGGGUAUGCUUUUGUAUUUCAGAAGGUAAUUAUUCAGGUGUUAAAGAAUUUUUGGAAGUGUUCCUUAGAGGUUGGAAUUUUGUGGAUGGACAAUAUUAUGUUCAUGUUGGUAAAGAAGACGGUGCAGAUUAUACAAAACGAUACAAUGGACAUUCUGUCUUGGGAGUUGAUAAGUAUUUAGAAGUAGUUGAGGUGUAUACUUUGAAUCUGCUGGGAACCAUAAUGAAUGACGUUGAUCUUGCAACUUCUUGGGUCGAGAAUGCUAAAAUACCAGAGGACAGAAGACAGGUACUUCUGAGGCGAUUACACUCUCUGCAUUCAAUUAAAGCCACCAAAGCAUCAGAGGACAACUAUGAAGUGCCAUCACCUGAGGGACGUCCAAAAGCGAAAUACCCUCUAAUCAGAGAUCCUGCUCAGAAUCAAGCAGUUUUAAACUUGUCUAAAAAAUUAGAACCAUGCUUCUGGUGGUUCCGUACCUUUACCCUGAAGUUUGGGAAUAUGCGGAUGGUAUUAUCAAAUGGAAAGAUCACCCUGGGCUGCUUGAUUUUGCUCAUAUCUUAUGUUUUGCAGAGAAAUCGAGCUAACUUAAAGAGGAUUGUUCAGAGACAAGCUAUGUCAAUAAAAAAUGCUCUAGUAGACGUGUGGCAGCUUGCAUUUUCAUACCAAGUGAAUCCUUUAGCUGCUGUGCAACCACUGGCUGCUGCAGCAAGGUCAGGCCAGUGAUAACUCUGUCAAGGAUACUCAAUAGUGCAGGGUCUUAGAAUCAUCACCAAACAGCAGACAUAGCAUGAAACAAACGCGUAUUGCUUGUGCUCUUUUACCUGGUCUAUAGUUUCACAUGUUCCAUUUAACACCUUUCCUCAGUUCAAGUGUCCUUUCUUAUGGCUUUUGUUGUUCACACAAUACGGGCAUAUUGGGCAGAUGAUUGAAUAAACGACAUCCUUAAUAAUACAAGAAACACCCCACUCUGAAAUGAAUGAGUUGAAGUUGUUCGUUAGCGGCUACUGCUUAUAUUCAGCAUACAAAAUCUGACACUUUCAGAUGAAUACAUUCAUUUAAUAAGGAAAAAAGAACAGAAUAGGUUGUUCUUGUAAGUCUAAACUCUAAACUCUAAACUGUGCGACUCUUUAUUAAGUGAUAAUCUGUUGAAGUCCUCCGCAUAGGGCAUCAACUCCAUCUUCAAUGUCUUCGUUAGUUUCUUUCAUUUUUGUGUUUUCGCAAUCGACCGGUCAGCCUUCCAACCCGGGUGAAGAUCUGCUGGUUCUUUUCUUUUAAUUUUUUUCCCCUGCAGAUUGGGUCGCUCAUACGAGUCCCUCCACUUUUCAAUAGAAGCAGGCAGGUUCAGUAGUAAAACAGAAGUGCAAGAUAGCUCAUUGCGGUAGAGGGAAAGGGGUCUUCAAGAGAAAAAUACUCAUGCGCAAGUAGACUAUGUAAAACAUAUUUUCUGAUAAUGAUCAAUAUUGUAUGCUUAAUUAUAUUCUGAAGCACUUAAGGGUUUACCUCCCAUUAGAAGAUAGUUCCCUAAUUAUUUUAUUCUUUUGGUAGUACUCUUUUUCUUC